GUAGUAUUUUGAGACUUUGCUGCAAGAAGUCCAAGAAGAAACUGAGAGGGAAGUUUCUGGAGCUGUUCAGAGGGCUGUCACUCAAAAACUACUGAAGUUGCAGGCCAAACUGGAUAGAUGUGUGAAGGAGAAGAAAUUUCUUCAUGAUAUAAGUACUAUGGUAAGUUCUACUCAUCCUUAAGCUUGUAAAACAUGUUGCAUGCUAAUGAUCUCACAGGCAACACAUUUUCAUACUGCAACCAGGUAAACCCCUAGUAUUUAUACAGAUUGUUAGUCAUUAAAAUCUACUAUCUUUCCUUUAAUCACAGAUUUAGGAAGUAACAAACACUUACCUUUGCUGUACACAAAAACUGAUCUUGAAGAACUCCUAUAGCUUCUUCAAUUUCCUGUGUUCUGCUGCCCAGCAGAACUUCCCACCUUUUCUUUUCCUCUAUCAGCUGAAGAGCACAUGCAAAAAUGAUGGCAAUCAUAGAAGCAGGGAAUGCAGUGGAGCAUAUGCCAAUCUCUGAUGAAUUAAGGAUGCAACGGCCUUGCCAGUAUUCCCUGGGUCUUCUUCAAGAAAGGAGAUAAAGGGUCUAAUAAGUCAAAGAACCUGGUAGGAAUGGAUGAUGGAUUAUUCUCUCUCUCUCUUUCUCUCUCUCUCUCUCUCUCUCUCUCUCUCUCUCUAUAUAUAUACAUAUAUAUAUAUUCCUUUUUCCUCUUUUUUUUUCUUCUCCCUUGAUAGUUGGGGGGUUCUUAUGGAUCAGAGCCAAUGUUAUUGUAGUUAUAGGGACAUAAUUACGUUGAAUUCUCAGUAAAUUUUGAAGAUUACCUGGGGAGCACCCGUUUUUUUUCCAAUUUAUCCCUGGAAAAGUGCUUAUACAAUUUAGGAGAGGGAUUUAGAAGUAAGGAAUCCUGGACAUAUACUAUUUGUCCAGAAUUAUUGUAUCCUCCUUUCUUAUAUCCAAUUAUACUGGGAAAAUGGAAUGUUUGAGAACAUGAUUUUUAUAAAGUGUAUUUGAAUUU